AUGUCGAUGUAUGUGCUCAAACGCAACGGCAGACGCGAGUCUGUGCACUUUGACAAGAUCACAAGCCGCGUUUCCAAGCUCUGCUACGGAUUGGACGCCAAGCAUGUGGAUCCGGUGAUUAUUUCCCAGAAAGUGAUUCAGGGUGUCUACCCGGGUGUGACGACCUCGGAACUCGAUGAACUCGCGGCACAGACCGCUGCUUCGUUCGCUACCCAGCAUCCCGAUUAUUCCAUCCUGGCGGCGCGCGUUUCGGUUUCCAACUUGCACAAAAUGACGAUUGCUCGUUUCUCCGAUCUCGUCGAAGUCUUUUACAAUUACAAACACCCCAAAACGGGUGAACCCGCCUCUCUGAUUUCCGAAGAAGUGUAUCAGAUUGUGCAAAAGCACAAGGACGAACUCGACGGCGCCAUUGUACACGCGCGUGAUUUCGAGUACGACUACUUCGGGUUCAAAACGCUCGAAAAGUCCUACUUGCUCAAGGUCGAUGGCAAGAUUGCCGAGCGCCCGCAGCUUAUGCUCAUGCGUGUGUCCGUCGGUAUCCACGGAGACGAUAUCCCUCGGGUCAUUGAGACCUACAACUUUCUGUCGGAGCGAUACUUUACGCACGCCACCCCCACGCUCUUCAACGCCGGCACCAACAUGCCACAGAUGAGUUCCUGCUUUCUCAUGACAAUGAAGGAAGACUCCAUCGACGGCAUCUACGAUACGCUCAAGAACUGCGCCGUCAUUUCCAAGUAUGCUGGAGGUAUUGGCCUCGCCAUUCAUAACGUUCGGGCCAGCCAGAGCUACAUUCGCGGCACUAACGGCUCCUCCAACGGCAUCGUACCCAUGCUCCGUGUCUUUAACAAUACGGCGCGGUACGUCGACCAGGGCGGUGGCAAACGCAAGGGAUCCAUCGCCAUUUACUUGGAACCCUGGCACGCGGACGUCUUUGCCUUUUUGGAUCUGCGCAAAAACCACGGGAACGAAAGUGAUCGCGCGCGCGAUUUGUUCUUCGCCAUGUGGGUGCCGGAUCUCUUCAUGAAGCGCGUCAAGGACAACGGCACCUGGUCCUUGUUAUGCCCCAACGAGUGCCCCGGUCUCGCCGAUUGUUUCGGCGACGAGUUUGAAGCCCUGUACGAACGCUACGAACGAGAAGGCAAAGUCCGACAAACCAUCAAGGCGCAGCAGCUGUGGUUUGCCAUUCUUGACUCCCAAGUCGAGACGGGAACGCCGUACAUGCUCUUCAAGGAUCACUGUAACCGCAAGUCAAACCAGCAAAAUCUGGGUACCAUCAAGUGCUCAAACCUGUGUACCGAAAUUGUCGAAUACACCGCACCGGACGAGGCGGCCGUUUGCAACUUGGCGUCCAUUUCGUUAAGCAAACUGGUGGUACCCGGCCAAUAUGGUCAGGGUGGGUCGUUUGAUUUUGAGAAGCUCCGUGAAGUCAGUGGAGUCGUGACCAAGAAUCUCAAUCGCAUUAUUGACCGAAAUUUUUACCCCAUCGAGGAAGCGAGGCGCUCCAAUAUGCGCCAUCGCCCAAUUGGAAUCGGCGUCCAAGGCUUGGCGGACUGUUUCCAAAUGCUGCGAAUUCCUUUCGAUUCUCCAGAAGCUCGUAAACUCAACACAGAUAUCUUUGAGACCAUCUAUUUUGGAGCCUGUACUGCCAGUUGUGAUUUGGCGGCAGUGGACGGCCACUACGAGUCUUACCCUGGGUCUCCAUCGAGCAAAGGACAGCUUCAAUUUGAUCUUUGGAACGUACAGCCCAGCAACCGAUGGGACUGGGCCAGCCUCAAGGCAAAGAUUGCGGAACACGGUAUCCGCAAUUCACUGUUGGUAGCUCCCAUGCCAACGGCGUCGACCGCCCAAAUCCUUGGAAAUAACGAAUCGACUGAGCCCUUUACAUCCAACAUGUACAACCGACGCGUGCUAGCUGGCGAAUUUACCGUUGUUAACAAGCACUUGUUGCGUGAGCUGACGGCUCGCGGCAUCUGGACUGAAAACGUCCGCAACCGAAUCAUUGCCGAGAAUGGAUCUAUCCAGAAUGUCCCCGAGAUUCCGGUGGAGAUUCGCGAGAUUUUCAAGACCGUGUGGGAAAUCCCACAACGUGCGAUUUUGGAUAUGGCAGCGGAUCGCGCUCCUUACAUCUGCCAAAGCCAAAGCUUGAAUGUGCACAUUGCCGACCCUAACUCGAAGAAACUGACUUCAAUGCACUUCUACGCCUGGCAGAAAGGGCUCAAGACAGGAAUGUACUACUUGCGUACGCGCCCCAAGGCCGACGCAAUCAAGUUUACCGUUGACCAAGAACAACUCGUCUCGAACAAGAUGAAGGAGGUCAAGCUGGUGGACAAGGAAAAUUCAAGCAACAUGGUUACGCCACCGCCACCAGGGGCGACCGCCAUGAAGGGCACACAGGGGCUAACCACGGAGGACGAAGAAGAUAUGUGUCUAAGCUGCGGGGCCUAA